AUGAUUUCGAAGGGAAGGGAUUUCGAUCGAACCAGAGAGAAAGGGGGGAAAUUUGGGGGAAAUAGAACCAGAGAGAAAGGGGGGAAAUUUGGGGGAAAUCGCAGCAGAGCAGAGACGGAGGAGGGGGAGAACCAGAGAGAAAGGGGGGAAAUUUGGGGGAAAUCGAAUCAGAGCAGAUACGGAGGAGGGGGAGAAGGGGGAGAAGGGUUUCGGAAGGGGGGAAAUGUCGAAAUGAGCAGAGAGGGAAACUUUUCCCCCCAAGAAAUACUUCAAGGUAAUCACUCAAAUUCUUCAUCAAUUUUCGCACGCACACUGCGCAGAAUUAGUGAGGUCCUGCCACGAGCAAAUGCUGUUGUCAUGAACUCUUUCCAAGAACUAAACUCAACCAUACUCACCGAGGAUCUCAAGUCCAAGUUCCAAGAUAUUCUGUACGUGGGUGUUCUCACAUUAAUAGUCCCAACUCCACCCUUACCCCCAUCACAUUCAGACGCCACAGGCUGCCUCCCAUGGUUGGACGAGCAAAAGCCAACAUCGGUAGCAUAUAUAAGCUUUGGAACAGUGGCGGUGGUGCCACCCCACGAGUUUGCAGCUUUAGCGCAGGCGCUGGAAGCGAGUUGCGUUCCUUUUCUUUGGACAAGGAAGCAAGGAAAAAUAGUUCCCUGGGCACCCCAGGCUCACGUCUUGUCACAUAAAGCGGUAGGCGUGUACGUUACACACUGUGGAUACAACUCUGUGUUUGAGAGCAUUGUCGGUGAGGUUCCGAUGAUCUGCCGGCCGAUCUUAGGUGACAAUAAGAUGAACGGACGGAUGGUAGAGGACGUGUGGGGAAUAGGGGUUAGGGUUGAGGGAGGGGUGUUUACAAAGAAGGGAAUGGUCAAGAGCUUGGAGCUCGUUCUGGGACAUGAUCAACAUGGAAGGAGGAUGAGGGAGAAGAUCAGAGGUCUUAAAGAGCUUGUAGUGAAAGCUGCCGGACCUGAUGGGAUUGCUUCCAAAGAUUUCAAAACUUUGUUUGAGCUAAUCUCUCAAUAAAUUAUCAGUACCUGCAUAAA